ACGAAUCCAGCUUCCCAUUAUGUUUGGCGAGGUUCGAUUCGCGGACUGCGUCCAAGCUAGUGUUACCGGUGAUCAUACAUAGGCAUCGUGCUUCUCUUCGUAACUAAACACGGGGUUCUCUGCUUCCUGCCAGUGGUGGGUUAGUUAGUUCCGCUAUUCGUGUCUCUGACUACACGUGCUCCCUAACUUGCCCCAACAGAAUGCCAUCUGCCCCAAUGCCGCGGUUUCUACAGGAGGUCGAGGUAUUCUUAAAUAGGGAUGCGUCCCACGGGUCUUCGUGCCUCACCGAGCGUCCUUCUUGACUUACGUGGGACAGCUGCGCCUCCCGCAGUUCACUGCCUCCUACGUAUGGGUCUCUCGCACGUCACCUGAAUGCUGUAUAAGGUUCAGUAUCUUGUGCUAUGGAUCAUGUGUGCAUCCUCUGGCUCGACAUGAGCCUGCUCUCGUCCGCCAAGCACGGAGCUUCUCGAUAGUAGGCUGGUUGGAUAUUACGGUGAGUCUACAUAUAGCUCUGGAUCAUUGGCAGCAUCUCCUCCAGCUUGACGGCUCCCGCAACCUCUGCAUCAUAUUUCUGGACACUCAACCAAGGUAUGUUUGCUCUUACUACAACGAACACCUGCUGCUGGAGCUCACGCAUGAAGGUCGUUGACCAUGGACGCAUCCUCCGCGAGUUGCCCCACUCGGCCGCGUGUCUCAGUAUGCGACGAUGCCGCUGUAGUGGUCGAAGCCAUCAAGGCUUUACAGCCGUACAGCUGCAUCGCCUGCGACUGCGAAGGACUUUCACUCGGCGAAAUGGGCGGCAGUUUAUCUCUUAUCGCUCUUGGAGGCAUCCCCGCCUCUGAGGCCGACAGCAUACAAGUAUACCUGUUUGACGCCAUCAAGCUCGGAAAAGACGGUCUCCAGCCUGUCUUCGAGCUGCUGCGUUCGCCGGGACACAAGAAGAUCGUAUUCGACGGCCGGAUGGACUGGAGCGAGCUCUAUCAUCGCUAUGGCGGUGUGGAGCUUGCUCCUGUCCUCGACCUUCAGCUGGCAGACGUGGAGUCUCGCGCGGUGCGCGGGGGAGGUGAAGAUGAGCAGCUCGCAAGGCUUUCCCCGUACUGCCAUCGCAACGAGGUGCAGAGUCAACGCAACUCGUAUCGUCUUGUACAUCGUCUCAGUGGCCUUUCGGGAUGUCUCGCCGAACAUGGUGUGUCCGCAGAUGCGAAACUGAGUAAGUCCGCUAAGAGUUUCAACCACAGUGUGUGGGAUCGGCGCCCGCUCACGCAGGGUUGUGCGGAGUACGCCGCCAUGGACAUCACACUCAUCGCGCAACUCUACACCGCUUUCGUCGCGAAGGGAUACGUCGACGAGGCCAAGUUGCUCGAACAGAGCGCUCGCUACGUCUCGUUGAAUAAGGACGGCCUACCCAGAGCAGGAGGCGGCCACUCGCUCCUUCCUCUGGAAAUCACGUCAGUCCCGUCGCUAUUCGAAUCGCGUCUCACGUGCAACAAGUGCUCCCGUGUGUUGUCCGACAUCUGCUUCUCAAAAACUGGACGCAGACUGGUAAAGCAGAGGUACUGCUGGGUGUGUCGCGCCGUGAACGUGCACGAUGCUAGACAGGAGGCGAUUUGUAGGAACUACGAUAGCGAUUACUGAUUUCACUUGAUAGACGUUACUCAGAGUUUCAUUAGCCUUGUUCUGGAAGCGUUUCUCUCCAUUCACCUGCC